AGAAAAGCAAAAUAGAAAGAACAAGUCAAAUGGUAGAGGACAAUCUAACAAAAUAGGUGCUUGGUACAAUUCCCUCAGCACCUAAUGCAACACAAUUGUGCAGCUCUCCUCUUCCUCCAAUGAUCAGAGCUCCAAAUGAAAAGUGGAAACCGAAAACAAAGAAUCACUUCGGCUAUAUCUCUUCAAUCUGCACUCUCUCUCAUUCAUUUUCCCAACACAAAUUACAAUUUAUAAUCUUCAUCAACUAGAUGAAGAAGAGUUAAAAUUGAGUUGAUUUCUCAAUGGUCGAUCCUGCAGUCAACAGUAUCUCGCCGGGAAAGGACGAUCUGGAAUCGAAAAAUGAUGAAAAGAAAAAAGAAGGCGAGCAUUUAGAUCCAGAAUUCUUCAGCUGUUUGCUUCAGCCUUCGUCGCCAGAUUCCGAUCCCAAUUACAUCGGAAUCCGCCGCGUUCUCCUCUACCGCAAGGCUCAGGCCGGCGUUCUCCGCCGCAAGGACUGGAGAUGUAAUGGAAAAGGUUACGUGGCCUACCGAAAUUACUUAAACAGGCUGAGAAAUGGGGACAGUUUACAGACACCAAGCCGCCCAAGCACUCCCGGGCAGAGUGGACGAUGGGUACCAUCUCCAAGUCCACUCUCCCCAAACUUCGAGGCAGACAGCUGGAGUACAAGCAGGGACGUAAGAAGUUCUACCCGGGCACUGAGCCACCGCACAAGUUUCAGUUCUAAUGCAAGUGAUAUUGAGUACCCACGCAAAAAGGGUGAAUUUGCAUAUUCAUUUGUGGGGAUGCACUGCAUUUUUGACCAAUGCAAGACCAUGGUUACGGUCAUAAAGUUUGGGCACAUGAGUUCGGAUCUGCUUGCUUACGGAGCAUCAGAUGGAAGCUUGACUGUUUGCACUGUCUCUACACAACCAUCAAUCCUGCAUAAGUUAACAGGGCAUACAAAAGAUGUCACAGAUUUUGAUUUCUCCACAAACAAUCAGUACAUUGCAUCUUCGUCACUUGACAAGACGCUACGAGUAUGGGAUAUCUUAAAAGGCCUUUGCAUGAGGGUGAUUUAUGGUGUCUCUUCACAACUUUGCAUUCGCUUUCAUCCUGUGAACAACAAUUUCCUUUCAGUUGGCAACGGAAAUAAAGAGAUAAUGGUUUUCAAUUUUAGUACUGGCAGAGCUAUCCAAAAGUCAAAGUUUGAUAGUGAAGUGACGGCUAUGGACCAUGACCACACUGGUCAACUAAUAUUCUGUGGUGAUUCUCAGGGAUGUGUAUACACAGUUAGUAUGAACUCACACACUGGUGCCGUAUCUCGUUGCCAUCGAACUAAAUCCAAACACAAAUCUCCAGUCACUACCGUGCAGUACAGAACCUUUUCUUUGCUGGCAGGGGGGCCAGUGUUGCUGACUCUCAAUCGAGAUGGAAGUUUGUCUUUCUUCAGUGUUACUUUGGAGGUACAAGGUUAUUUGACACUUCGUUGUGCACUCAAAUUGGCGCCGCGUUUGCAUAACAUCCGUGCCUCUUUCUGCCCUUUGCUUUCCCUUGAGAAAGGAGAAUACAUAGUUGCUGGGAGUGAGGAUACAAAUGUCUACUUCUACGACUUAACAAAGCCAAGGCAUACAUGUGUAAACAAGUUGCAGGGUCAUAGCUAUCCAGUCAUAGGCAUCGCUUGGAACCACGGCGAGAACUUGUUGGCUUCUUCUGAUUUUGGUGGCACUGUCAUUGUAUGGAACAGAGCGAAGACAAAUUAAAAGAGGUCAUUCAAGGGACUGGGAUGGAUGCUGGAAGUGGAGUACCUCAAUUUCUUUUUUCUUUGUAUUCUUUUUGAUACUGCAAAAUACAAUGUCCGACACAGGAGUAGGAAGUCUUUCAACUAAGCAUGUCACUGUAUACUAAAACCCAAAGAUUAAGGAAAACAGAUUAUAGUUAGUAAAAAAUUUUGUUUAAACAUUCUUGUACCUAAUUCAAAAUAAGUAUGACAAAUAAUGACCAGAUACUUGCGAGUUAAGAACAAGUAUUUGCAUGGUCGA